GUUGAAACUAGGCAGGCACCUUCCAUUGACUAAUUAUGCGCCUCUCAUGCGUGUUUUCUUCAUGCUUUGCUGCCUGCUUCUUCAACCCUUCUCCCCCUUUUGUUUUUUUCUUUGGGUUUUCAAUACCUCUUUAAAUGGAAUGGACUUUGGGUUGUUAUCUUCUUGUACUAUAUUUCUUCUAAGUCCCCUUAAAUGGGUUAUCGUUUCGUCAAGAAUUCUUCUUCUUCUUCCUCCAUAUGCUUUGACCAUUUCAGCCUUAUUGUUUGAUCUUCCGUCAUGGGUAUUUGCUGGCCUAAACCAGCAAAGUGUGCUCAUGCUUCUUCCUCGAAUUUCUCAGGUAGUGCAAAGACUCAUAGUAACACAAAGCAGGAAUCAACUUCUUCAACCCAGAAAUUGCCUAUGGAAACUUCGAACAAACCAUUUGUAGCAUCUAAACCUCACACACCUGUUUCCAGCAACCUCAAAGCUGAUACAUCUGUUUCCAGCAGUCUGAAGUCUUUCAGUUUUAGUGAUCUUAAAAAUGCCACCAAAAACUUCCGGUCCGAAACACUUCUCGGAGAGGGAGGGUUUGGAUGUGUUUUUAAAGGUUGGAUUGAUGAGAACACGUUUGCGCCUACCAAGCCGGGAACCGGAAUUGUUGUAGCUAUCAAGAAACUCAAGUUAGAAAGCUUCCAAGGGCACAAGGAAUGGCUUGCGGAAGUUAACUAUUUGGGUCAGCUUCGCCAUGAAAAUCUUGUGAAACUCAUUGGUUAUUGCGUGGAGUUUGAGAAUAGACUUUUGGUUUAUGAGUUUAUGCCAAAGGGAAGUUUGGAGAAUCAUUUAUUUAAAAAGGGUGUUCAACCAAUUUCUUGGGCUACACGGAUGCAUAUUGCCAGACAGGUUGCACAGGGAUUGACCUUUUUACAUAGUCUAGAUGCUAAUGUAAUCUUCCGUGAUUUAAAGGCUUCCAACAUUCUUCUAGAUUCGGAUUACAAUGCAAAGCUUUCAGAUUUUGGGUUGGCAAGAGAUGGUCCAACUGGUGAUAACACCCAUGUUUCGACCAGAGUUGUUGGAACUCAAGGUUAUGCAGCCCCAGAAUAUGUUGCCACAGGUCAUUUGACCCCAAAGAGUGAUGUGUAUAGCUUCGGUGUUGUACUAUUAGAGCUACUUUCAGGACGGCGAGCAAUGGACGAUGAGAAUUUUGGGUUUUCGGAAGAAACACUAGUAGAAUGGGCAAAACCAUUCCUAAGUGACAACAGGAAAGUACUACGGAUAAUGGACACGAGGUUAGGAGGCCAGUACUCAAAGAAAGGAGCACAAGCUGCGGCUGCACUCGCAUUGCAGUGCUUGCAUAAGGAUCCGAAGAACAGACCGUGCAUGACUGAUGUUCUAGCAUCAUUAGAUCGACUCCAUGUAACAAAGGACUCAUCGGCAAGGACACCCCAACAGCUACAAACAAAGCUUGAUCACCAUGGGAUUAAGCAUGUGAAUAGCCCUCACAAGGCAAGAAUUCCAACUACAAAUUCACUUUGAAAAAUAUUGUUUUGUUAAUGAAAAUUUGUUUAUGGUAAGCAAGAAUUGUCGUGAAGCCGGAACCGUGUGGAAUUAUUGGUUGAGGCCUUGUAUACAAGGAAACGGAAUGGAAAAGAGUGUUAAGAGUAUUGUAGAUGAAGAUGGUGAACAAAUAAAUAUAUUUUUAACACCAAAAUCUAUAUGUACAUUAACCCAUCUGUUUUUCUUGAUCGCGAGGAAAGAUGUUUUGGUCACUUGGAAA